GCCCGAAGGCUCGAAGGGAGGGAGGAAGGGAGGGCUUUCUUGUCCGAACGGUCUUGCCGCCUGGCCGAUGAUGCCACCGGCGCUGAGCCGUUACGCUGAAGAUCGAUCGCUGGCCUUCGGGCUUCACUUCCCAUCUCGUGCAUAACCGGCUGACGUCGUCCUCCGAGUCCCGAGAUCGUCCAUCGAUCUUGAAUGCCCGCCCGCCCGCCUGCCAAAGAAUCGAUCGAUCGAUCGAACCGCUUCACGUCGGCGGCCCUCGGUUGCGUAUCGGGCUUGGAUUGCAUGGGAUUCGCCAUUUCUCAGGAUCAUGAGGUUCUGCAGAUCCGUGGUCGUCGAAGCUCGGGUCGAGUCCCAGAAAGUCACUGUGACUGCUGCCUUCUGCAUCCUCUGCCAGCCAUCGGAACGAGGACAACGGCCUUAGCUUGCGCGCGCGCAGAUUCACCAGGACUAAUCGCCAUUUCAUGCAACCUCGCAGCAUGCGGUGGGUGCUCUCUUCUCCCUCUCUUUCUCUCUCUAUUUUGGUCUCGGUACGCUUCGCGUCGUCGUUGAGAUUUGAGGCACUCGAGUUUGUUUCUGCUGUGCUUGUGGACUCAUCCGUUCGAUGUCUAGAGUCUCGAUGGAUUUCUCUGACACGCUGCCCGUCGAAUUGGCGUCGAACUCCAGUCACAUGGGCAUUCAAUUGUGUCCACGUAUCAUGGACUUUUCCUAGAACGGAGACGGUCAGCUUACUAGAGCUUCAAGCUGCGUGUGAAUUUUGGAGGAGCCACUGCUUUCUCUGUAGUUGAUGAGCCUUGCAUUGCCGCACCUUGAGUGUCUUUCUCAAGAUACGCGUUCAAGUACCUUGAGGUAAUCCGGUAUGAAAACUGUGGAGCCUGCGAAUAAGAAGGAAGGGGUAAAGCGUCGUUUCCAUGUCCUGAACCUGAAAACCAUGUGAGUAGUCCCCGUUUGUUCUAGUUUCCAGAGCUUUUACGGGUCGAAGGCUCUAAAUUAGCUGCUGUGAGUCCCCCUGAUCAGUGAAUGAUGAUUCGAAUCCCCUCGCAAUGAGAUUCAAAUCAAUUUUUUUGCCUUCUGUGGACAAGAAAAGGAAGACGCCCCAUUGCUGAAGCUGGCGCCAAUCGUCAUCCCGCAUUUUGGUUCUCCUGCACGCAAGAUGCGUUUACUUUCAUCUCCGAAAGCGAUUCGCUAGAUACAGUGGACUUAAUCCACAACAUCUUUCCACGAUAAGCUCCAGUGCAGCUCAUGCUAGAGUUAUUUUGGAUGAAGUCCGAGUAGUUCUGGAUCAUUUUCUGGGUAGAUGCCGUGGAUUAAAUCCUUUAUUCUCCAUAUCUGAAGCCAACUGCUGAAGUGACCAUGGGCAGUCCUUCAUUGCCAAUUGAAGUUACUCAGUCUACAAUUUUGUAGAUGAUUGGAUUUUCCUUGCUCCGAGUUCGACCUUGUAACAGAUGCUUGAAUUCCGCGGUGAAGGAAUGUAGGUGGUAGACCCAAUACAUUCAACUUCGCACGAUCUUCCUACGCACAUAAUGAUCACUCUAGUGCAGAAUUGCUGCACCACCGUUCUGCAAGUAUACUGUCUAUAUCUGCGACGAUUGACUCUUGAUCUUUAUCUGUAUUCGAGAAAUAUAAAUCUCAGGAGGUGAACGCCGAGUCAAUAAUCGUACACGUACAAUUUCUCUACUUGGGAUGUUAGCUUAAACAGAAAUUACUGAUUUAUCCAGGCAGGGCGCUGAGCGGGAUGUAUGUCGGCCGGCAUCCUUACGCCUAAUUCUUCUGAAAUUCGACUACGAGGGUCAGUGAGACUUAUAGAUCGAGCAGAGACUGCAGCAAGAAUAGAACAACACUCACUGAAUAUAUGGUCAGAUAAUGCUUGGAAUCUUGUGUAAGCCUACGUUCGGCAUAGAAUCUGAAGUCUUCUCGCAUCCCAUGUGCGAGAGGACUAUAGUAUGGCCUCGAAUUACAGAAUGCCGUAGACGGAAAAAAUUAUCAGUCACUUCCUGUCGUUGAACUACAUUGUCGGAGAAGUCUGCCUGUUUAAGAUGAAAGGUGUGAGACUAGCUCUUGAAGGGGAAUAUCAACUUGACUCUGGAGAAUGUCCACCCAUGCAUAUGCAGGACGCUUUUGACGUUCUCUCUGAGAAUCAAAAUGUAUUGCAAAUUUGUAGACAAGACCACCGGACGGAGCGACACAAAAAUUGAACGAGAUGAUGUUGAGCUGUUGUUCUCUCUCAGCGUCUUCCUUUCACGAUACAGGUCACGUAUGCAGGCAUAGAUAUCGACACAUAUAUCGAGACUGGUGUUGAGGCAGGCUCCCGCUGCAGGCAGUUUAUACAUCAGCACUGUCAUGGAACAACAAACACCACGGCGAUGCUGUUCAGACAGACAGCAGAGUCGACGCAUGCGGUGAAAGCUCUGGAAGAACGCCCUGAGAAAUCAACCAAGGCGUGAUUGAAGCUGAGAGGAGGAGCUCGAGGCGAUGGGGAUGUGAACUAGAAGCAAAACUCGGAUAUCCGAUACACACCAGGCCGAAUGUCAAAGAUGAAGGGCCUGCGACGGAUGGGACCGGUCGCGGGCGCACGGUCGUAGGCGCGGAGGACAAUGGCCAGGAACUGGUGGUCGGCCUGCGCGUCCCUGUGGAGGAGCUUUCGGGGCACGCCGUGGCUGUGCGACGGCCUGGUCCUUGGCGCGACGGUCGCGGCCAUUUCUUCGACGUCGGCGCUGGCCUUCUCAUCGGCGCUCAUGCGGUUUCCCAUGCGGGCGGGCCCCACCUCCGGCGCGUUCUCGCUAUCGCCCGCGACGGCCCUGCAGCAGGCGGUCAUCGGCACGGCCUGCCACGAGUGCAACGCCCUCCGCUUGCACACGUACCCCAGAAGCCCCGCCGGCCACGUGUCCACUCUGCUUGGCUUCUCCACGGACACCAUCGUCACCGAGACCUUCAUGUCUUUCCUCAUAUCCUUCAUCAUCGUCACCUUCUCCGUCUUUCUCGUCCGUGAAAUGCGAUGAUACCCUCACGGAAUUCGUUGACAUCGAUCCUGUUUGAUGCCCUUUCGAAAUUCUCUCAUAGUUUUCCACGGCCCCGACAACAGCCGUGGUAGCUGACACCGUGCCCUCUCAUUCCGUUGGAACUUGGAAAGAUACUCGAGUGAUCAUCCACUGCGGAAGAGCCGAGCCCAGCGAAAAGUUUGGAUAGAUUGUCCGUGUCCACGAUGCUUUACUGGUAAAUGAACACCAGCAAUUUGAACAUCACGACCCAAUUACAACCCCCGGUCGACUGAACGUUGCGGGAACGAGUCGAGAAGGAAUUUCUCAUCCUUCUUACACACUAGCUGUGAUAGCGAAAUUAGGGAGAAGAUUUCUCUUCAGAAAUCUUCAUGCAUUCGUAGAUAUCUUCAUAGAGGGUGAUUAAAAUUCGUUUUCCUCGACAUUUAAAUUAAUAGGCUUUUCCCACUUACUCAUUGACGAAUUGUCGAUGAAUCUGGUGUGAUUAUCUGCAUUUCUUGCAAUUUUCUGUUCCUCCAUUUAAAACGCCUUAGCGCCCAAAGUCUGUCUGUACAAACUCAAUGGCCUGCAGUCGGAGUUAUCUUGGGGUUGGUCAAGCUCUUCCUUGUUACUUGUACUUCAAUAAA